UCCAGGAUCCUCCAGGUGUUUCUUCAGGGGUCCUCCAGGGUCCUCAGCUGUGUGCAGUGAUGCCGUGGGUGGCGUCCUCUCAGCUGGACUGCUUGUCUUCAUCUCCGUCGCAGCGGGAAUGCGAGCGGACAGCGUUCUCCUUCUACUGCGCUGUACGUGAGCGGCUGCCGGUCUGGCUGCUGGAGGACAUGCGCAUCAUGGAGGUAUUCUGCUGGGAGGACGGACAACCAAGAGCCUUCCUGCCAUCUGAGGCGCUGCUGUACGCCCUCGUACAUGACCAUCAGGACUAUGCUCGCUACCUGCUCAACAGGUACUCAGUGAGCGCGCUCAAAGCGCCACGCUGCAGUUUCUGCUGCUGCCGCAGCACUGGUGCUCCACACCUGAACGUGGCAGUUCGCUACGACCGUGUGACGAUUCUGGGGAUGAUGCUGGAGGCUCUGAAGGACUGCGGCAUGAAGAGCCAGCAUAGAGAAUAUCUAGACAGCUAUGGCAACUGUUCACAUGUUGCAGAUGCAGGAAAGACUGCGGUGCAGCUGGCGGUGGAGCUGUCGCAUCCUGACUGCCUGUUGCUGCUGCUGGUUCAGGGAGCGCGACCCGACGGCCUUGACACUGCGCUGCAGAGACUCAUCUCCUGCGACGUGUCGGAGCGACGCCACGCGCAGCGCUGCCUCGACUUCCUGCUGCUCUUCCUGCCCGAACCGCCGCUGCUGCGCUGCCUGCAGGACGAGUCGCAGCGCUGGCAAAGCUUGCUGGGAAACGAAGUGUUUUGCUGGCUGUGCGGUCUGGCCCCACCCCCUCUCCUGCUGCAGGCGCUGCGAUGCUUGGCCCGGUCCGGACCAGACCAGAUCAGCACGCUGUCCAACUUCUUGCAGCCGCACAGCUGGCAGUGACAUCCCCUGUUGCCAUGGACAACUCUGUGAUUGGACAGAUUGCUGAUGGUGUAAAUAAAAUGUAAAUAGACUUUAACAGACCUGAACUGAAACUUUUUGGGCUUCAGGAGCCUGUGGAGCAGCUGGUGUUAGACACACUUAGCGACUCUCGAGGUCGCUGUGUAAAAAAUGGACGACUGAAAGUUUGACGUCUUCAUCAGGUUCAUUGAUCACCUGAAGUUUGACGAGUUUCUGAUCUGAAUGUCAGAAAUGUGUGAAGCUGCGAGUCUGCAGCAGAUAAAACCACAACGUGACCUUUAACACGUGUUCAAUCUGACAUGUUUCUACCUCAGUGUCUUUAAACAUGUUGGGAUGUAAAUAAAAUUUUCUGAUUAAAAGUGUAGAAAACGUGA